UAAACUUGUGUGUUCGCGCUUUGUGGAAAUGUUUUUAUGUAUUCAAACUGGUUUAAGAAGUCCUAGGAAAUGAAUAAAAGCAUUGAUAAUAGUACCAAUAAUAAUAAUUCCGUGGACUGGAAAGCACUGACUCUUUAAUUUAGAAGUAUGUAGCGCACGCGAAAAACAAACUCUGAAGAAAAACAUUGCAAAACAACCCCGUUACCUAUAGCACUGCGCAUGCGCACCAGAAAGACCCGUAACUGCCUGGAAACAACCGGAAGUCAUUAGAGUCUGUGGCCUGACUUCCGUUUCAGUUUCGCCGGUAGCCGCGGCCAGUGGCGUAGGCUUUCCUGAGGUGUUUGACCAAAAUGCCGAAUAUCAAAAUCUUCAGCGGCAGCUCCCACCAGGAUUUAUCCCAGAAAAUUGCCGACCGCCUGGGCCUGGAGCUAGGUAAGGUGGUGACUAAGAAAUUCAGUAACCAGGAGACGUGUGUGGAAAUUGGCGAGAGUGUGCGUGGCGAGGACGUGUACAUCGUCCAGAGUGGGUGUGGCGAAAUCAACGACGGUCUGAUGGAGCUUUUGAUCAUGAUUAACGCCUGCAAGAUUGCUUCUGCCAGCCGCGUGACGGCGGUCAUCCCGUGCUUCCCCUACGCACGGCAGGAUAAGAAGGAUAAGAGCAGGGCCCCGAUCUCUGCUAAGCUCGUUGCCAAUAUGCUGUCCAUAGCAGGCGCAGAUCACAUCAUCACCAUGGACCUACAUGCUUCCCAGAUUCAGGGCUUUUUUGAUAUCCCGGUAGACAAUUUGUACGCGGAACCGGCUGUCCUGAAGUGGAUCAGAGAGAAUAUUCCCGAGUGGAGAAACUGCAUUGUUGUCUCGCCUGACGCUGGCGGAGCGAAAAGAGUCACGUCCAUAGCAGACCGCUUGAAUGUGGACUUUGCCUUGAUUCAUAAAGAACGGAAGAAGGCCAAUGAAGUGGACCGUAUGGUGCUGGUGGGAGACGUGAAGGAUCGGGUGGCCAUCCUUGUGGAUGACAUGGCUGAUACUUGUGGAACAAUCUGCCACGCAGCUGACAAACUUGCCUCGGCUGGGGCCACCAGAAUUUAUGCGAUCUUGACACACGGAAUCUUUUCUGGCCCGGCCAUUGCUCGCAUCGACAGUGCAUGCUUUGAAGCAGUGGUAGUCACCAAUACCAUACCUCAGGAAGAUAAGAUGAAGCACUGCUCCAAAAUACAGGUGAUCGACAUCUCCAUGAUUCUUGCAGAAGCCAUCCGGAGAACUCACAAUGGGGAAUCUGUUUCCUACCUGUUCAGCCAUGUUCCUUUGUAACAGAAUAACAUAGGUUAUUCUAUUUUAAAAUAAAAUAAGGUAAAAGAAAAUAAACCUUGCCCGGCACAGUAUUUUUACCUUGCUAUUUCAUGAAAACGUCAUCAGAAGACCAAGUUUGCUCCAGGGUGGCUUUCUACAUCCUGUUAUCAGGUACAUUGAUGUUUAUCUUAAAUUGGGGAAAGGCGGAUUGAGAACUGGCCGGGUAACCUGGCCAGGUUGUCUCAUUCUCGGCUUUUUGAUGAUUUUGUUAGCCCUUC